UCCUGCUGCUUUACUCCCCCUCCUCCUGCCUCAGGCCUCACAGCCCUUCCCUCUCAUACCCCUCCUCUCUCUCAUCCUCUACCUGCAUGUAGUGACAAAACUAUUCUUUAUAUGGUCCAGUAGUCACUGGCUCUGUGCUGGCAUAUCUAUCUAUAUCUAGCAAUGUCUUCUGGACUGUCCCACCAGUCAGAUUCCACCCUUGCUUCUCCCACCAUCAAAAAGAAAGGUAUAAAGAAGAGGCUGGUUAAACUUUUCUCCAAGAGUGAAGGGAACCUGAAGGAAAAAUUUCAUACAGCCAAUGAUGGAGACAGUUCCUUCACAGAAGAUGCUUCAAUGUCUACAGUGGAAGAAGUACAUUUGGUCAAAAAAGGCAGAAGCAGCUGGAGUGAGAAGAGGGGGAAAAAGGAACGGAGUGGUGCAGAAAUCGAAAGGCAGGGAUGGGGCCAUAGUCUCCCACACCUCAGAUACCACAGAACUGAAGAUUCCAUGUUGAGAAGAACCAACAGAGCAUCAAAGACCCGAUCACUUAGUUCCUCCGAGAUGAAUUUGCCAGCCUCAGGCUUUCUGCAGCGGUUUGGAAGUCUGACCUGGCGCAAGAAGAAGUCCAGUGUCUUAGGUGGCAGUGGUUUGCUUUCCCCUGAGUCCACCCCUGUGGACACUCACUGUUCCCUGAGUCAGCUAGACAGACCUGUGGAUAGUGUGAGCGAUCUGAAGGAUGAUGCUUUAUUUGCUGACCCAACAUUGGAAAGUUCCGAUUUUUCUCCCAAGGACAAUCGGAGCAUGACAGGAAAUGUAGAAAUGUCAACAUCUUUUGAUUGUCCUGCUGAUGGGACUGUCAGUUAUUGCUCCAACGAAGUGGAUACUGGGGAUACAAAUGCUCAGCUGCAGUCCUUUAUUGCUUCAAAUGAAAAGGAGGAGGAAGAGAAUGAGGAGGCAAUCCUCCCAUAUUGGGCACAGAGUAUACUCAAGGAGUAUAUGCCAUAUUAUCAUAAGUCACAGCCAUCACCAGUUUCGAAAGAACACAAAGAAUGUGAGGAAGAAAAAUGCAGCACAAGUCUUCACAGUGAAUUGACUUACAACACUUUACAAGUUAGAAUGAACCAAGAGCAGGCCAAUUCGGCCCCUCCAUCCCCCCGUCAGAAAGAAAUAUCCCCAGAGCAAAAUCAGUACUCCCAAAAACAUCCCAAAUGCCUUUACCAAAAUGAAGAGCAAGAUACCCCUCAACUAAACCCACUGUAUCCAGGUGUCCAAGUAGACUUAUUGGUGCAGAAUGUGACUGCAGCCUCCACUGUAUCUUCAACAGUAUCUCCAAAGCUCCAUGGCAAGGAUCAGUUUACAACCCAGGCAACUCCGGGUACACACAAAGUCCGUUAUGAAAUCAUCAUAAUCAUGAAAAAAGAAGGACAUAUGGAUGAAACAGAUGUGUCUGAGUUGGGAGAGGCCAUAUUAAUAGGGGAGGAACUUGCAGGACCAGAUCUUAACCCGUCACCUUCAUUGGAAUGCCAGGCAUGUGGCCAUGAUAGGGCGGAUACUGCAGCACUGACAGCUCAAGCACACACAGAGCAGCCUAAGAAAUAUACAAACCUGGAGGAGGAAAAGAUCUCUAAGCAGAAGAGGGGAGGAGAUACCGGCGUGAGGGCACAUCUGGACAGGGAUAUCAGUUUGGCAGGGGAUGAAGAACAGCAUCUUCUGGUCUGUAAGCAGACACCUGAAUGUCAUACAUCCCAGCCUUCCAAAAUGGAACAGAAGUGCAGUCUCGAUAAUGAAUGUAGCCCCAGCCCAGGGAGGGCUCAGCCUUCCAGAAUGGUACUAAGUAAUAAUGAAGUAUCAAGAGUACCAACCAAUAGGGAUAGAGAAUCCUUUCCAGCUCAUGUCAGAACAGAGUUUACGGGCUUAACACUACCAAAAUCUUAUGUGGGACAUGUUAUGGAUAUGAGGAAAGUGUUUGAGAGUAACAGCACAAAAGAAGAUUUUGUCCACAAUUUGGAAACUGUGAAAUCAAAUUCACACAGUUCCGUAAGGGAAAACAAAUAUACUGUAACUCAACAUGAGUUCAGUGAACUUCACAAACCAAUAUACUCUCAAGUUUUCAAUCCCCCUAAACCAUCGUUAAAGAAAAAAAGGCUUAAUGACUUAUUAUCUGAUUUGGCCAGGAAAGAUUCUGUCAAUGCAGCACAGGCUUGGGACAGCCCUGAGGAAAUUAACAGUAGAUCGGUUUCAGAAAAAGAAAUGAUCCAUUUACGUGACAGGGAUGUAAAACUUAAAGGGAUCAAACAUAAACAUACAAUAUUACCGCUCAAAGAUCUCCAUGUUCACCACAGGACACCUACGCCUCCACCAGAUAAGUCAAGUACUAUGUCAAUUUUUCUCACAUCACCAAAAGGUUGGAAAAAGGAGAACCUUAGGUGUCAGUCACCGAGACCACUUCAUGCCCAGACAGAUGUAAAUAAUAUGGAUGCUGCUAAACCUGUAUUAACCAAGAGCCCAGAUAAAUUUACCUUCACAUCUGAUAAAGAUGGCUACAAAAACUAUGUUACAGAUUCAUUUUCAGCAAAAACAGCAGAAGAAGCUAGUGGAGAAAUGCAUAAAGAUUCAGAAAUAAAUAAUAAUGUCCUAAUCACAAAUCCACAUAUAACUAGCAAAGCACAAUUUGAGAAUCCUUACACACUUUCUGAAAGACAGCUAAAAGACGCAGGUAGUAGUGAAGAAGUCAUACUAAGACAAGAAAGCCCUGUGCAGGACCUUGAAAUAAUAUCUUGGGAGCAGACAGAGUCUCUUAAGUCUACUGAUUACCAAAGUGUUCCUGCAAAGAGCAAUUCAAUUAUUAUAGGAGUAUCAGAUGACUGCUAUGAGCAAAGUAAUAUCUCUGACACAGUGAAAAGUCAUAUAACAGAAAAUGAUAAAGAAGUGGAUAACCUUGUGGCAUCAGACCAUAUACUUAAUAUGCAGAACGUACCAUCAGAUCAGCCAGUAAUUUUAAAUUAUACUAAUACAUUAGUAACUGCAAAUGUAUACAAGAGUGCAGAACAAAAUGCAAGCCAGAAUUGUCCUAUUGCUGUAUCAGCCACAGAACCAGCUACAAUCAGAAAUGAUCUUAAUCCUCUGGAAGAAACAAAAACUGAGGCAGCAGACUUUGUUGACAAUUUUGGAAAUUCUGAAACAACAUCAUUUACAUGGGAUAUUCCAGCAUAUAGUAGUCAUUGGCCUACAUCCAUAGUACUAGAGAACAUUAACAUUGAUAAUAUGAAUGAUAAAGGGUGGCACAAAGCUAAAGCUCAGAUGGUUUAUACAUCGACAGAAGAUGAAUCAGAGCAAAAAGCACAAAACAAGCCAAUUUCAGAAGUCUGGACCGAAGCUGGAAAUGUAAUCAUUUCUCAUCCAGAAGGAACAGAAUACAAAACUGCAAAUGUGACUGAACAGGAUGGAGAACUAAUAUUUUUUAUUUCAACAGAAGAUAGCCAAGCUUACCACUCAGGAGAAAAGAGAAAAGAAACCAAGGAUGGGACAGCUGCUGAUGGAAUUGGGUUGGUUCUUAGGUCUACAACUCAGCAACCAGCAGGCAAUGAAGGUACAAUGCAGGAGCAUAUGAUAACAAGUUAUGACUCAGGAAUCAAAGAAAGAACUGAACAGGCAUCUGUGGAUCAGUAUGUAGUUCUAAUUGAGGACAAAACCAGAGAUUCAAAUGCCAGCCAAAAUGUAGAUGGGAGUUCAUCUGUAGUCGCAAAUGGCAAACCAGUUUAUAAAAUUUUGACAGAUGAAUAUGACAGAGAAAAAGUGACAUGUUUAACUCAAGAUGCACUAGCAUUUGCUUUAAAAGAAGCAUCUCCAAAACAAGCUUCAAUUCAACAAAGUGAAGAGUUAAUCUGCAUGCAUAGUGAUAGUAAAAUAGAUAUCACUUCAGCAAAUGAAGACACAGCAGAAAGUGACAGUGACAUCAGCGAUGUAGAUAAAACUCUCCAUGCAUAUGGCCCCAGGGAGAGAGAUUUGAAAAAAACGAAUAUGGCAAAUGACAAUAUUAAUAUCAUUGAUAUUGCGCCUUCAUUGAAGGAGCAAGCAGGUGAUCUAUUAGCUGUAGACCAGGACAGUGAUGUUUUCUACGUACAUACAAAGGAGGCAUUUGUGGAACAGGAUAAUGACCAGACAAAUGCAGAUUUUCUACAGAAACGCAAAGAAUUAGUAGACCAGACUGAAGAUGGAAUAGAUACUGUAACAUGUUUAACUCAAGAUACACUAGUGUUUACCCCAUCAAACGAAGAAUAUCUACAGCAAGCUAAAAGUCAACCAAGUAAAGAACUUAUCCACAUUUAUACUAAUAGUGAAAUAGAUAUUAUGUCAGAAAAAGAAGAUCGAGCAGACAGCAACAUUGAUGUGAAUGAUGAUGAUAAAACACACCAAGCUGGGGAACUGUUUUUUCACAUACAUUCAAAGGAGAUAAUAGUGGAACAUGCAUAUGACCAAGGGGGGAAAUAUUUGGAAGAAUUGGAUGUGACAAAUGACAAAAUACAUAAUAUUGAUAUUACGCCUUCAGUGGAGAACCAAGUAGAAAAUAUGAGCGGCCCAUUAGCUAUAGACCAGGAAGGUGAUGUGUUAGUUUACAUAUCCACAAAGGAGGCUCCAGGGGAACAGGCUAAUCACCAGGCAAUUACAGAUAGGUUACAGAAACUUGAACAGCUGGUAAACCAGGCAGACAAUGCAACAGAUUCUGUGAACUUAAAGAAGGAAUCAGAUGAACAUAUCAUUAACUGGGAAGGUGAUGGUAAAAAAGACCAGAUGUUUGAUUUCAUAUCUUCAGUGGAUGUAUCAGAAGAACAUGCCUUUAUUCAGUCUAAAGAAUAUUUGAUGCAGAAGCCUAGAGAUAUGAUAGACCCAUCUGAAAAUGUGAUAGAUGAGGACUUAGAGGAGAACCCAGAAGAAAAUGAUAGCGGCUUAGAAGAUGAAGACACUGUGGAGCAUGUUGUGGACAUGCAAAAUUACAGAUUGGGUAUGGGGAAAUCAGUAGAAGAUACUAAUGAAAAAACAAGUAGGGAUACACCUGUAGCUCAUGAAGACCAUUUUUCAAGUCUCACUGAUAUUUUAUCUUCAAAGAUGGUCCAAGCUGAGCAAGUAAUCAACUUUACUGAUAAAGAUAUAAAAGACCAAUCAAACCAUUCUCAAAAUGUUAUCUUUUCUGCAUUCUUUAAUAAAGCAUCUGUAGAACACAACAUAUAUGAACCAGCUGGCACAGAUCAAGGAGAAACUUUAAUAAAUCAGUCUAAUGAUAGAACCAGUAUUGUGCCUACCGAGGAUCAACAAACAGAAAUCACUGGUGAGCAAGUAAAUUUUAUAACUAUAAAACCUGAGGUGGAACACCACAAUGAAAACUACUUACCAACAAUUGAAAAUGACAUGCAAGAUGCUGGAUGUGCUGAGGAAUGUGACAAUGUUACCAACAAUAGAAACUUGUUGACACAAGAAGUACAAAAAGUUGAAAAUGAAAACCCUAGUUCAUUUAUUGGUAUCCUGUCUCAUCCUGGACAGAUCUUUUCAGAGAUAAGUUCAAAAUUGUAUGAUGAGAGUGAGCAGGAGGCAGAUGCCCAAACUACAGGUCACAGAGCUAUAGAGAACAAAAUGUCUUCUGACGUCCAUGGACAUAAGAAUGACAGAUUAGUAAUACCUUCAAUGCCAGAAGUGCUCACAAACUUACCAGAACAAUCAGUUCAUGUUGUGAAAGACUCUCAGGUUAACAGCACGGUGCAUGUCAAGAAUGACAUUACAACAGAGUAUACAGAGGAUCAGUACAAUUUGCAGAUUGAGGAGGAGUCUUCUAAAGAUAUGGAGAUGUGGAUUAACACACUUCGACACCUAGAGAUGCCUGAAUUUAUGAAAUAUCAGAGAGUACCAAGACAGCCACGACAUUCUGCAUUAUCUAUGUAUGCCACUCUUCCCCCCAUCAAAGAGGAUGUGUGUUCCCCAAAUAGUGAUCACAUUGAUAGCAAUAGUCCCCCACAAGUCAAAAAUGAUGAUCUGGAGAUAAGUCCAGAAACAAAAGCAAUACCGAAUUUGGAGCAGUGUGAAAAAAAGUACUCCUGGGAGAAGGACUUGGACAAGCCACUACAAAUCUCCUCCCCACUUGAAAUGAUGAAGAAACAUUCUGAAGAAGAAGCUGAAAGGACUGCAUCUUAUAAGUCCUUGAUUACCCAAAACCUCAGUCAACGGCAAGGAUCGAUCAUUGGAUCUCUGUUGUUGUCUGACAGGCAAGAGAGAAAAAAUGAACAGAUACAGGAAAAAUCAUUUUCUAGGCUGAAAAGUAGUUUACUUUUAAGCAGUUAUGUUAAACCUAAAAAAGAGCCUUUAAGUGUUAAUAGAGAAGAGGUAGAAACCAUGUCAGACUUGGUGCAUACCGAAGCUAGAAGCAACCAGUUGUCUAAUGUGGCUGUUUUUAGAACAACAAAAAGUCCAAACCAUCCAGUCACUGGAACCCAUAGCUCUCCAAAACAUGAGGAUACUGUGGAUUCUGUGCCCCCUCUGGUAUCCAGAGAACUCCCAUGCAAGUCAAACAUAAGGACUGUAUCUCAUUUUAAACCUUCCACUGAUAUCUGGCAACAUACCAAGAAAGAACAUGGCAAAGUGAACCCCAGACCAGGGAAGGUUCAACUGUUUUCAGAAUCAGGGUUCAGUGGGAAGUACUAUGAAAUUUAUGGAAAUGUGAGUGACACAAGUGAAUGGGAACUUCAGGAAACCAUAUCGAUACGGGUUAUCCGAGGGGGAUGGAUCCUGUAUGAAGAGCCAAGGUUCCAUGGUAGGCGUGUUAUGCUUUUAGAAGGUGAUGCCGAACUAAAGUGUCCAUGGCUAGGGCAGACUGACUCAAACCUAGAGCCUCAAUUAACAUCAGCAUUUUGGGUUGGAUCCCUGCGCCUUGUUGUUAGGGAUUUUCGGGUCCCCAGAAUUAGUCUGUUUUUGAAGCCAAAUGGGGAAGGAGAGAAAGUACAAAUUGAAGGAGCUGCACCUGAUAUGAGUGAAUAUGGUGGGGCAAUCAAAACAGAAUCCAUCAUUGUGCACUGUGGCAUGUGGCUUGUAUUUAGCAAGCCAUUAUUUCAAGGUGACCCCUACAUUCUGGAACCUGGUGGUUAUCCCAACAGGACAUCCUGGGGGGCAGAGGAUCCUCAAGUAUGCUCCCUUGAAUCUGCACGUAUUGGAGGCCCCACUGUGGAAAAACCUAAUGAGCCCAAACUCCUCCUGUUUCAGAACACUGGAUUUGAAGGUACAUGUUUGGAGGUGACUAGAGACAUGCAUUCUAUUCAGGGGGAGCCAAACCUUCGGGGUGAACAACUAUAUUCUUUGGGAUCUUUGAAGGCCUCGGGGGGCUGUUGGGUGGGGUAUGAGAAAGAAGGAUUUCGAGGUCACCAGUACCUGCUGGAAGAAGGUGAAUAUAAUGAUUUCUCUGACUGGGGUGGCUGCACAGAGGAGCUGGGAUCUGUCAGACUUAUUCGAACGGAUUUUUCUCAACCUGAGAUUGUGCUCUAUGAGUUGCCUGGAUGUUUAGAGGGUCCAUGUUUGCGCCUUAGUGAAUCCUUGGCUGAUUUAGAAGAGGCUCAGUAUGGAACAAGCACGGGGUCCAUUCAUGUUCUAAGUGGAGUGUGGGUGGCAUACGAGAAUGUGGAUUUCUCAGGGGAGCAGUAUAUUUUAGAGAAAGGGAUCUAUCACAACUACCAGGAUUGGGGAGCUGAGAGCGGCAAGAUCUCUUCUGUGCAACCAGUGAUACAGGUUGGGGGAAACAGUCUCCAUUUUGUAUCCAAGAUCCACUUGUUCUCGGAGCCAAACUUCUAUGGUGAUUGUUUAACUUGCAGUGAAGACCACAUGGAGCUCCCAGAAUACUUUUCACCUCAGUCUUGCAGGGUGGAGUGUGGAAGCUGGAGCCUGUAUGAGGGCGAGAAUUGCAGUGGAGAACAGUACAUUCUGUCAGAAGGAGAAUACCCAACUCGCACUGCCAUGGGGUGUCUGACACCUUGCCCUCUACGAUCUUUCAAGAUGGUGCCUCUGUACUUUUCUAUUCCUUCUAUAUCGCUCCAUGGUUUAGAGAGAUUUGAGGGAAAGGAACUGGAUUUUACGGAAGAAGUUCGGAGCCUUCAGGGAGAAGGGUACAACAACCAUGUGAUGUCAGUGAGCGUAAAGAGUGGCAUAUGGGUUGUUUAUGAACACAGUGAUUUUAGGGGUAGACAGUGGUUAUUGGAACGUAAGCAGAUUCCUAACUGGCUGCUUUACAGCGGGCUCCAGAGAAUUGGAUCACUUUGCCCCAUCCGACAGAGGACUGUGUAUUUCCGUCUUCGUAAUCGCAAUCUGGGCCUAUUUCUCUGUAUUGCUGAGCUGACAGAAGAUAUGAAGGCAGCCCGGGUACUUGUGACUGAGCCAGAAGAUGGGAGGUGUUUGCUGUGGUACUACGAGGAGGGACGUCUUAAAAACCAGAUGGCUCCUCAUAUGAGUUUGCAAGUGAUUGGCCAAUCAUGCUCUGGAACCAAGGUGGUGUUAUGGUCUGAGAGUCGAAAGCCAAUUCAGACCUGGAUCCUAGAAGAUUCUGGUUGCAUAACAAGUUGCAUCUUUGAAGGAAUGUGCCUUGAUGUAAAAGGAGGCCAAUGUUAUGACUCGGACCAUGUGGUAAUAUGGGAGACUGCAGAAGACAGACCAACCCAGCAAUGGGACCUGGAAGUGUUCUAACAAAGCAAAGUGGACCCAAAGCAAAGAGGAUUGUGAAAAUGUUAGCAAGGGUAUACGCAGCAUAAUUCCUAAACGUUUACUUCAAAAAAUGGCAGCUGGACCAGAAACAUCUAAACAUAGCACAAAAAGGCACAUUUUCCUGUCCUCUUAUGUGCGCUGGUUUAGAAGGCAGGAAACCCAAAACUAACGGUUUUGUAGUAUUAAAGAAUACUUUUCCCUUAAUAUUUAAGCUACAAACCCACCAGAAAACCUUAACCUAGUUACACUAACCUUAACUUCAUCUAGUUUCUGUAAAGCGCAAUCACCCUCUUAUCCUCAAUAGGAAAUAUAUACCCUCUGAUGUGUUAAUUAAAUGUAAUAUUUCAGCUGUAAUUUUUAUUAUCAUCAUUAAUCAUCUGCCAGAAACUAGCAUUAUAAUUUUAUAUAGUAUUGUUCUAUAUAAAACUAUAACUAUAAAGCUAUAAUAGUAUAUUUUGACCACUGCUUCUAUUUGCAGAAAAAAUGACCUGGAUAAUGCAAACACAGGCAGGCAGGUCUUUGGUUAAGAAACUACUCAAUUGAAUGUUUUAAAGCAGUUCUCUCCAACUUAUAAUAUGUAGUGGGGUGAUUAUUUCUCAUAAAUCAUGGCCAAGAGUCAGAUUGUAUUAAAAUAAUGUUGUACAAUGAAGUCUGACACCCUUGAGCAGAGUGGGGGGGGGACAUAAAAACUCUUUGGAGGGCCACAUCUGACCUGCCGGCCUCCAGUUGGACAGCCUUGUUUUAGAGGGACUGCCUGUCACUAUUCUGUGUGUACGUGUGUCAGCCAUGGUGCUUUCUAUGUAAUGGUAUGGUUUACCUUACAGUUAACCUUUAGUAUGUUAUACCAAUGUAUUUAGUUGGUCUUUAUUUUUUAUGGUUUUUGAAUUAUUUGCUUUUUCUCUGACUCUUUCCAGUUUUCAAAAGGGUUUCAAAAGCUAUUGCUUUUCAAGGCUACAAUUUCACUGUUAUUGUUACUUUUUAUUACUUAUCUUUCUAUUUAGACCCACUCCUAUUCAUAUUCCAGUUUCUCAUUGAACCACUGCCUGGUUGCUAGGGAAUUUGGACCCUGGCAACCAUAUUGUUGCUAAAAUUCCAAACUGGGGAGUUGCUGAAUUUAAAGCUAAGCAAUUCGAAAACACCAAACAAUUAAAAAUAAAGACUAUAUACAAAUUGUUGCAGAAUGGUGCGCUCUACACCCUCUUCAACAUACUAAAAGUUUAUGUAAAGGUGAACAACUCCUUUAAUAACAUCAGGAAUGAUAAUAAGAGGGCAGGGGUGGUUUUAUCUGCUAUUGCCACCCAAUGGAAAACAGCAGCAGACAAAAUUCCCCAUGUGCCUCUAGCCUUGCAACAAAUCUUAAAAAGACAUUAUAAUUCUGCCUUAAUCCAUAUGUAAGAAAUGUGAAGACGCCGUGCAGCACAGGUGGACAUCACCCUGUAUAUAGUGUUAACUAGCAUAAUGAUGUUUUAAGUAAAGAUACACUUUUAUUUAUAUUUGAAAUGUAAAUUUUUAUACAGAUUUUACUUUCUCCUUUUUAAGUUCACAAACUCUGGGUGGUUUUGUACAUUCUGUAUUUGGAACAUUAAAAAUGACAUUAUUUAAAAUG